AUGAUGUCCAUGAACAGCAAACAACCCCAUUUUGCCAUGCAUCCGACCUUACCUGAGCACAAGUAUACCACCCUGCAUUCCAGCUCCGAGGCAAUACGGAGAGCAUGUCUACAGACUCCACAGUUGCAGAGUAACAUCUUCGCCAGCCUGGAUGAGACUCUCCUGGCGCGUGCUGAGGCUCUCGCGGCCGUGGACAUCGCCGUGUCCCAGGGCAAGACCCACCCAUUCAAGCCCGACGCGACGUACCACACGAUGAACAGCGUGCCCGUGCCAUGCUCCUCGAACUCCACCGUACCACUCGCCCACCACCACCACCAUCACCACCACCACCACCACCAAAACCUGGAACCUCCGGACCUCAUGGACCACAUCAGUUCGCCCUCGCUGAGUCUCAUGACCGGCGGGCACGACGGGGUCGGAGGCGGCGGAGGAGGCGGUGGCGGGGGCUUGAUUUCUACUUCUGCACACCCGCACUCACACAUGCACGGCUUAACCCACCUCUCCCACCAAGCCGCUAUGAACAUGAAUUCACCCCUCACUCACCACGGGCUUUUGCCCGGCCACCAUGGCGGACAGAGCGCCUCUGGACUCACGAAUAACGGACUCCCGUCCAUCAACGAUUCGGACACAGAUCCAAGGGAACUCGAGGCUUUCGCAGAGCGGUUCAAGCAAAGGCGAAUCAAGCUUGGCGUCACCCAAGCGGACGUGGGGGGUGCGCUUGCGAAUCUGAAAAUUCCCGGUGUUGGCUCCUUAAGUCAAAGUACCAUUUGUCGGUUUGAGUCGUUGACUCUGUCACAUAAUAACAUGAUAGCGCUAAAACCCAUACUUCAAGCGUGGCUAGAAGAGGCCGAGGGGGCUCAGAGAGAAAAAAUGAGCAAACCGGACAUUUUUAACGGGGGAGAAAAAAAACGCAAGCGGACGUCCAUAGCGGCUCCAGAAAAAAGAUCUUUGGAAGCCUACUUUGCUGUUCAGCCCCGACCUUCUUCAGAGAAGAUAGCAGCUAUUGCAGAAAAACUGGACCUCAAAAAGAACGUGGUGCGAGUAUGGUUCUGCAACCAAAGACAAAAACAAAAGCGGUUGAAGUUUUCUGCAGCGCAUUAAUCGACCGAAAUAGUA